AUAGGUGUUAAAACAUUGUCAACAAAUAUAGUCUUUGUUUAAAGGCCAUCUAUAUUUCUUGCUUUUGGUUGUCCCGAGACUGUUAAUAAGGCUGCAAUGUUGUGCAGUGGUGUAAUUUACAACAAUUUUAGAGACGAAUGAUGGGCUGGGGGAGGGAGCCAAAUUUUGUUUUUCUCUCAAUUAAUGAUUUUCUCUUUUUCCGAACACCCCGAAAGGCCAAUCGUUAUUUUGCACGUUUUGGUCUCUCCCUCUUUCCGUACCAGCCUAGGAGCGAGUAACCAGGAACUGGAACUACAAUCUAACGGCGGUAAGCACGGAUGACUCCGGUACAUGGCUUUGCCGACCCUCUCUACAUAUGUGCCCUAUCGGCAAAGGGCUCUUGGCAUACAGCUGGCCUGGAAGAGGGAGCAACAAUGUCGGAGGCGGGAACAGUUGGCCCUCAAUGCUAAGUAUUUCAGGGACCAGAAUGUCCGCACCCAUUUCCACACCGAGUGGACCUCCCGGCACUCGUUCGAGCAGAGCAUGGCCGCAUAUUGUAAACAGAAGCUGGAGGAUGACAAAGCAAACAGUCUGGAACACCGCAGGAUGCGACUCAAGCACAUGCUUGACGAGGAGCAAAAGCAACUGGACAAAGAGCUGGAUCUUUUGCUACCACACAGGGGUGUAAUAAUUAAAAAAGCAGAUGCGCAGCAUUUAAGAGAUGAGAGGAGAAAAAAGCUAGCACAGGAACUGCUCAAGGAGCACCGUAAAAGAAACAACCCUGAAUUGCAACAGGCUGAGACGGCCUCACAGCAACAUCAGAUUGUCAACCCAUUGCAACUACUAAUAUCUGAAAAGAAACAGCAAGAAGUGGAGGCGCAGGAGAUGUGUCGCUUUCAAAACGAAUGUGAGAGGACCCGAAGAAAAGACCUUGAGAAGAUCAAACAGGCUGACCAAAAUGGUAGCCUUGAAGAGCGUGAGAAAGCACAGAAACUUCAUCAAAAAAUGGAAGAACUGAGAUUGAUGGAAGAAGAGGCAACUCAUUUAAAGAAGGAAGAAGAAGCUUUUCAGGUCAAGUUAUGGGAGGUGGACAAGAUGGAGGUCGAGAGGAGAAAAUUUGAGGAAAGGCGCAAGAAGGCUGAAAUGCAGCAUUUCCUGGUCCGACAAUAUAGAGCUCAGCUUAGGAGGCGAGCCCAGCUGGUGCAGGAAGAGCUGGAGUCUGACCAUAAAAUCCUGGCAGCCUUUCUUAAAGGAGAGCAAGAGAAGGUUAGCAUGGAGGGGGCGCGAAGAGAAAGGGUCUUUGCCGAUGCCGCCUGGAUGACUCGUGUGAUUGAAGAGCAGCUUGAGCUGGAGAGAGAGCGGGAGGCCGAGUUGGACUUCCUACACAGGGACGAAGCGCAGCGCUUAUGGGAGAAACGAGAAGCAACAUGGGAACGAGAGAGAAAAGCCAGACAACUACUCAUGCAUGAGGUGCUUGUAGGAAGACGGCAGCAGCUGGAGCUGAAAAUGCGGCAAAAUCGCGAGGCGCAAUUAGCGUCCCUGAGGAGGCGAGAGGAACUGAUCCAGGAGCUUGAGCUGGAGAAAGAGCUCAGACGCCAAGAGAGGGAAGAAGAGCAGCGCCGUAGAAAAGAGCAGGAGGAGGAGGAGCAGCUCCAAGAACAGUGGGAGGAGCAGUGCAGGAUAGAGGAUCUUCAAGAGGAGCUGGAUGCUCACUUCAUCCAUGAGGGGGCGAUAAAGCAGAGGAUAAGCAAUAACGCAUACCCGCCAAAGGUAUACAGUAAGCCUCGAGUAGCGUGGACAUGAGCAACAUCAAAACAUUAUUUAUUCUUUUUUUAAAAUCACGGUCAUUGCCUUACGAACAGGCCUGUGUGCCAUCUUCGUCACGUCAACGUGUUCAAGAGUAUAUUUUGUACCUUCAAUGUGUAGAAUUAAUUUUAAUAAAUACAUUCUUCCAUGAAUUCAA